CAGCGCGUGCGCUAGGCGGGGCUUGAUGAGCUCUCGCCCCUAUCUCCGAGUUCCGGGUGCUGUCGCGAGACUUGCUUUGUCCGGAACUUCCGGUUUCGGUAGCAGCUGUCGUCUUGUUUUACCGAUGCAGUCCAGUCUUCUGUGGUGUGCUGCCCGGUUGCUGUGGCCCCGCGGGGCCGUUGCCGCAGCCCGCCGGCCCCUGAGCGGCGGUAGCCGGCCGCUGGAGGAGCUGUUCUCCCAGGGCGGGCCCUUGCGGACCUUCCUCGAGCGCCAGGCGGGAUCUGAAGCUCAUUUGAAGGUCAGGAGGCCCGAGUUGGUGGCGGUAGUCAAACUACUGAAUGAAAAGGAGCAGGAGCUGCGGGAGACCGAGCACUUGCUGCACGAUGAAAAUGAAGAUUUAAGGAAACUGGCAGAGAAUGAAAUAACCUUGUGUCAAAAAGAAAUAACUCAGUUGAAACAUCAGAUUAUCUUACUUUUGGUUCCCUCAGAAGAAACAGAUGAAAAUGAUUUGAUCCUGGAAGUAACUGCAGGUGUUGGAGGUCAGGAGGCAAUGUUGUUUACUUCAGAGAUGUUUGAUAUGUAUCAGCGAUAUGCUGCAUUUAAAAGAUGGCAUUUUGAAACCCUGGAAUAUUUUCCAAGUGAAAUAGGUGGCCUUAGACAUGCAUCUGCCAGCAUUGGGGGUUCAGAAGCCUAUAGGCACAUGAAAUUUGAAGGAGGUGUGCACAGAGUACAAAGGGUGCCAAAGACAGAAAAGCAAGGCCGCAUCCAUACUAGCACCAUGACUGUCGCAAUAUUACCCCAACCCACUGAGAUUAAUCUGGUGAUUAAUCCAAAAGAUUUGAGAAUUGACACUAAGCGAGCCAGUGGAGCUGGGGGGCAGCAUGUAAAUACAACAGACAGUGCUGUCCGAAUAGUUCAUCUUCCAACAGGUGUUGUUUCUGAAUGUCAACAAGAGAGAUCUCAACUGAAAAAUAAAGAGCUGGCUAUGAAAAAGUUACGUGCAAAACUGUACAGCAUGCAUCUAGAAGAAGAAACAAAUAAGAGAGACAAUGCUAGAAAAAUUCAGAUUGGAAGUAAAGGAAGAUCCGAGAAAAUAAGAACAUAUAAUUUUCCACAGAACCGGGUCACAGAUCACAGAAUAAGCAAGUCACUGCAUGAUCUUCAAACUUUUAUGCAAGGAGAUUAUCUACUGGAUGAACUUGUACAGUCAUUGAAGGAGUAUGCUGAUUAUGAAUCUUUAGUAGAAAUUAUUUCCCAAAACAGUUUAAGUUGAUUUAUUUAUAGACUUUUGUAGCUUAAAAAAAGUCUACUACAGCACAUCCACAUAGUGUGAAAAUACCGUUAUUCUCUUAAAAAAACAUGAGUUAACACAUUAGGAAGUAAUGCAUAUUCUGAAGUCAUAGAUAAUUUACAUAGAUCUCUCUCAAUGCAUUUAAUACAAAUCAUACAAUAUGUAGAUGGUCCUUGAUUUACAUUGUGGUUCCUUCCCAAUAAACCCAUCAUAAACUAAAAAUGUAUCUAACAUUAGCAACACAACAGUCUCCUACUUAGUAACAGCUUGACUUAACAAUUUUCCAACUUUACCAUGGUGUGAAAGAGGUAUGAUUUGUUAAGUCCUAAGGAGCUCCUAAGCUUGAAAUGGGGCUACAUCUCGAUAAACCCAUCAGAAAGUCAAAUAAUUCUAAAACCAUCGUAAGUUGGCGACCACUUGUAAUCAUGACAUGGUGUAAAUCUUGGAUGCUUCCUUGCAAUAAGUAGACAAAGGAAAAUCAUCCUUUGUCUAGUUCUAUGAAAAUACUGAAUGAUCAAAAAGUCAGUUUAAAUCUUUAUUAUGAAAAACUUUAAACGUAAAGUAGUAGAAAUAGGACAGUAAAUAUUGUAUCGUAAUAUCUAGUCAGGAGACAGAAACCAUACCAUUAACUUAAACAGGAAUAACUCAAUAUAAAAAACUUUUAACUGACAAUGAUAUUAGCUAUUAAGAGGGAUAAAAACGAGCUAUAAUGUCCUAGGACGGAGAUUUCCCAAGGAAAGAAUACCCUUGGAAGGGGCUCCCAUUCCCCAUGGUGAAAUCAGGCCUAAUGGAGAGAGUAUGGCUACUCAGUAAUGGGAAAAUUCCCUGCCUUGCCCUUGGCCAGAGUUGGUGUAUAGAUGGUGGAUCAGGUCCUGCAAGCGAAGAACCUCACAUCCUCAGGACUGCUAAGCCAGAAGCCUCCUGCUAGGGUAUGAGCAAAACUUAACAGGAACUCUCAGUAGAUGUUUGUAUUUGUCAAGGUUCCCCAAAGAAACUCCCUUAAAAGGAUUGGCUUGUGUGAUUAUUAUUAACUGACAAAUCCAAAAGCUGGAGUGUGAGCCAGACGGCUGGAGACCCAGGAAAGCUGAUGGUGCUGGUUCAGUCCAAAGGUAUCAAGGUAUCUAUUGGAGGAUUCUCUUUCUUGGAAGAGGACAGUCUUUUUCUUUAGGCCUUUACCUGAUUGGAUCAAGCCUACUAAUAUUGAGCAAGGUGGUCUGCUUUACUCGAAGUUCACUGAUUUAAAUGCCAAUCUCAUGUAAAAAUACCCUCAUAGAAACACCCAGAAUGUCUGGCCUUAUAACUGGAAAAUCAGAGCAAAAGUUAAAAUCUCCUAAAAAAAAAAAAAAAAAAAAAGGCACCUUGUGGUCCAGCCAACUUGACACAUAAACUGUCACAGUAUCCUCUUAAAAGCAAGAGGAGAAGCAAGAGAAGCAAGCCCCUUUAUCCUGCAGUGCCCUUCCACCGCCACCUACUGACAGAACGUGGUGCUACCUGGCAAAGAAGAAAUGUUUGGUGUGCUAUGGCUUGAAUAUGUCCCCUCAAAUUCAAGUGUUGCCAAUGUGAUAGCAUUGGCAAUAGGUGGGGCCUUUAAGAGGUCACUAGGCCAUGAGGGAUUCGCUCUCAGGAUUGGGAUUAAGGCCCAGAGACCUCAGGGAGCAUCCUGCUAGCUUGCCUUCUGUAUGUGAGAAGACAGCAAGAAAACCCUAGUCAAACAACUGCCAGCUCCUUGAACUUAGACAUCCCAUCCUCCAGAAUUGUGGGAAAUAUAUUUCUGUUCUUCAUAAAUUACCCAAUCUCCUGUAUUCUGUUAUAGCAACACAAAAUGAAGAUACCAUACCUGAACAUUUAUCACAAGGUAAUAUAUGUACUGCUUUAUUCUGGUCUCAGUAUUCUGUGCUUAAUAAAGAAAUGGGAAAGGGUAGAUCAGGGUAUGCACAAACAAGUUACUGCUACCUUUCACAGUGUCACUGUGGAUAAGAUUGUGUUUUCUUCAUUCUUGUCUGUUCGGGACCUAACACCAUACUAUAGUAGGCACUAAGUAGAUCGCUAAAAACAUAUCUGAAGUAUCUGUCUAGUAAUCUGGUGUACUGUUCAUAAAGAACCAAAAUUCAACUUAAUUUCAAAAGCCUGAAGUGCCAGUUAAUCAAAAUUCAUUAGCUUUCAAUGAUACUACCAUCUCAAAUUUAAAAUGACACCUUAAGUUCCUCUUCCUUGCAUUGGAUUUAUUGCUAAAUCCUAGUAAAUACUUUUAAUCCUUUUCAAUUCCAUUACCACUUAUCCAGAAUUACUUCUCAGCCUAAUAGUCACCUGACUUCUCCCCGCAUCCUCUCUAUUUGCUGUCUAAUUAUGGUUACAAAUAACUGCCAAACUAAUCUUUCUAAAAAGCAAGACUCUGAUCUCAUCACUCCUUUGCGCAACAAUGUAAAAGGUCCCAUUGCCUCCCAAAUAAAACCAGCUCUUUACUGUGCAUACAUUA